AUGUAUUUCAAUUGCGUGGCUUGCAAAUUCCAACACACCCAACAACAAAUCUCUUCCAAGUCAGCCCUAACAUUGACUCAUAUUGUGACCCAUAUCCACGCUACGAUGUGUGAAUUUGUCUCUUUGAAUCAUGUUUCUCGUUUUUCAAAUGAAUGCAUGUUUUGGGACAAGUUUUUGCCAAACGUUGCACAAUACAAGGCUCAAUUGAAAAACAAAUAUCAACUCAAGGAAAAUCCUUAUCUCAAUGAAUUAUUGGGGAAGUGUUCUCAUGAAGAUCAAGAUGUCUUGAAUGAAGUGAAGAAGUACAUUACCCCUGAACUCGCUUAUGCCUUUCUUGGAGAGAAGGAAUUCUUUUCCAAAUUUUGGAUUCAAUCUUCAGACAAGAUCAGACAACUUGUCCAAAAAUUUGUAUUAAGAUACAUUUCCAAUAACCAUAUACCAAACUUGACCUCUCUCCAAUAUGCUGAACAAUUCGGGUUGGCCAAGGAAUUGAUUAAUUUUUGUCAAUUACAUGGUUUGGCAUGUAUGAAAUUUCCACAAUUAAUCACGUGCUCAGAAUCAGACUUGGAUUUUGACAAGCUGAAGAGGGUUAUUGCUUUUUUUGACAUCGAUAACCAAUUCAUUACACAAUUCCACUCUCUGUGUUUUUCCUUAAUUUAUGGUCGAGAAUGUUCACUGAAUGGCUCUCUUAAAAUGUGGAUUCGAAGAUGUGAAAUGUCUCACCUCGAGGAAAUGUCUCUUGUUAGAAUCUAUGAAGAGUUUGGUAAUGAUAAUCCCUUUUUCAUUCCUUCUCAAAUUGUGAAUGACAAGAAGGAAUUGGUGGCCAAAUGGGUGCCAGUAACUCUGAAUAAGGAAUUGAGAACAAAAAAUCUGGUCAAAUUGUCGGCAGGAUGGAGGGGGAAUUAG